GUCAUAUUGAGAAAGUGCUCCUCUGCUGAACUGACUCUGGCGUCAUCAGGGUUUAUUCUGUAGUUUUGGACGUUGUGUGUCCUUAAAAGGUUCAAUGACAGCCCGCAGUAUUUUACUAACCCGACGGGUUUUGCCUUUUGGAUAUAAUUUACAGCGUGCCAUACCUGUGAAGAGCUUCUGCUCUUCAAAUCGCGAUGAGGUUCGCCUGGCAGAAGAGGCCAGCAAGAAAUAUGGAAAACCUGAGCCCACUAUAUUUUCAAAAAUAAUUGAUAAAACUAUUCCUGCAAACAUAAUCUAUGAGGAUGACAAGUGUCUUGCUUUCAGAGAUGUAAGUCCACAGGCACCUGUACAUUUCCUGGUUAUUCCAAGGAUUCCUAUUCCAAGGAUCAGUGAAGCACACGAUGAUGAUGCCCCGCUUCUUGGGCAUCUGUUGAUGGUGGCCAAAAAUGUAGCAAAGAAAGAAGGGCUGGAUGAAGGAUACAGAGUUGUGAUUAAUGAUGGGAAAAAUGGGGCGCAGUCUGUGUACCACCUCCACGUCCAUGUUCUCGGGGGACGGCAAAUGAGAUGGCCUCCAGGAUAGAUGAACCCUGUGUCAGUGAAUCAGAUUUAAUGCUCCACAUUUUUGGAGCAGAGGAGUGUACAAAAAAAAUGGAAACAAGUCAAAGAUCAUCAAAUACUACUGAACGAGAGGCUGAAUUGUUUUUUUACAAUAAAGCAUAUUUGUACUGUU